AACCAGACUCCAGGUGUCCUAUAGAGUCUGUCGUCGCAACCUUAUCUCCUCAUUCUCUCGUUACAGAACAACCCAACUCCCCCUAGGACACGCCGCUGCUGCCGCCGGGAUUCUCUCCUCCACGCAUCUCCCGCACACCCGCACCACCUCCGCACGCCAGCGGAUUCCGCGCUCCACCGGCGGCCGCCAGCGCUCCAGCUUCGACAGCCACUAUCGGCCCCUUUUUCUGGUUUUUCAGAUCAGAUUGGCUCCGUCACUCCUCCCGCUCGAGGCCGCCGUCGCAGCUCGAGCCUCGAGCACCGCCGUCGCUGCACCCCCCUUCACCUCCAAAUCAGACACGGGUCGGUCUCGCGCGCGAGCAGGCGCCGCCCACGGCCCGCAGCCCCUGAGCAACAUGUCAACGCCCACGGCCCACCGCGUUGUCGAGCGUCUCCGGCAAAGUCGCGCCGUCGCAGAUAGAGAGGACCAUGGCCGCCUGAAGCCCGAGCGCCGCCGGCGUCCAGACCCCUCCACGCCAUCCCCAUCUCGCCGAAGACCUGCAUCAAGUCUCCCAUCCAGCGCCCGCGCCACCCUUCGGCCCCCGCCCCGCAGCUCUACACCACGAGUGCUUCGGUCGCCUCGCGACCCGCCGGUGUCCAGACCCCCUCCACAUCAUCCCCAUCUCGCAGAAGACCUGCAUAAAGUCCCGUCCAGCGCCCGUGCCACCCAUCGCCCUCGCCCCGCUGCUCUGCUAUUCGAGCGCUUCAACCGCCUCGUGCCCGAAGCAGAGGAGAGGAGCUCCCUGCCACGAGCCUCUCCAGCGCCGGCAGCACUUCAGCCGCCUCGUGCCCGAAGCAGAGGUGAGGAGCUCCCCCUGCCACGAGCCUCUCCAGCGCCGGCAAACCAGCAGGGCGCCCCUUCCUUGGCUCCUACGGCGUGGACACCGGCGGCAAGCUGCGGCCCCGGCGAUGGGAACGCAAAUGGAUAGCGGCGGUGGUUCCCGGUGGUGAAGUUUAAUAAAGGAUCGGGGGUAGAAUUGUAACUAACGCAGGGGUGUUUUUACGAAUAUGAAGCAUUUUUUUAGAUACCCACUUAAAACAGUACUUUGGGUUGAAUAACUAAAAUAGUAGGGGGUUUUCUGCAAAAACGGCGACGACGUACGACCAGAAGCACUCGGUGCUUUAUUAGUAGGUAGAGACUAGUACAAAUGCCCGUGCGUUGCACCGGGUGAUAAAAGUGGUAGAACCUACUUGAUGGUUCAUUUUUCGUCAUAUUUUAUAUCCAAUUUUAAUAAAUGUUGAACGUGGAAA